AUGAGUGGUCCUGUUACUUUUGAAAAGACAUUUCGUAGAGAUGCCUUAAUUGAUAUCGAAAAGAAAUAUCAAAAAGUAUGGGCAGAAGAAAAAGUUUUUGAAGUUGAUGCCCCUACUUUUGAAGAAUGUCCUAUUGAAGAUGUUGAACAAGUUCAAGAAGAACAUCCCAAAUUUUUUGCCACAAUGGCUUAUCCCUACAUGAAUGGUGUUUUGCACGCUGGUCAUGCCUUUACAUUAUCUAAAGUUGAAUUUGCAACCGGGUUUCAAAGAAUGAAUGGUAAAAGAGCAUUAUUCCCUUUGGGUUUCCACUGUACUGGUAUGCCAAUUAAAGCAGCUGCUGAUAAAAUUAAAAGAGAAAUUGAAUUAUUUGGAUCUGAUUUUUCGAAAGCACCUGUUGAUGAUGAAGAUGUAGAAGAAACCCAACAACCAGUCAAAACCCAAUCAAAAAGAGAAGAUGUCACUAAAUUCACUUCCAAAAAAUCCAAGGCUGCAGCCAAACAAGGUAGAUCUAAAUUUCAAUUUGAGAUCAUGAUGCAAUUGGGAAUUCCAAGAGAAGAAGUGGCCAAGUUUGCUAACACCGACUACUGGUUAGAGUUUUUCCCACCAUUGUGUCAAAAAGAUGUAACUGCUUUUGGAGCAAGAGUUGAUUGGAGACGUUCUAUGAUUACAACCGAUGCUAAUCCUUAUUAUGAUGCAUUUGUUAGAUGGCAAAUUAAUAGAUUGAGAGACGUUGGUAAAAUCAAGUUUGGUGAGAGAUAUACCAUUUAUUCUGAAAAGGAUGGUCAAGCUUGUUUGGAUCAUGAUAGACAAUCCGGUGAAGGUGUUGGUCCACAAGAAUAUGUUGGUAUAAAAAUCAGAUUGACAGAUGUUGCACCACAAGCCCAAGAGCUUUUCAAAAAUGAGAAUCUUGAUGUAAAGGAGAACAAGAUUUAUUUGGUUGCAGCAACUUUAAGACCAGAAACCAUGUAUGGUCAAACAUGUUGUUUUGUGAGCCCAAAAAUUGAUUAUGGUGUUUUUGAUGCUGGUAAUGGUAACUAUUUCAUUACCACUGAGCGUGCCUUUAAGAAUAUGUCUUUCCAAAAUUUGACACCAAAAAGAGGAUAUUAUAAACCACUUUUUACUAUCAAUGGUAAGGUAUUAAUUGGAUCUAAGAUUGAUGCUCCAUAUGCCGUCAACAAAAAUUUGAGAGUUUUGCCUAUGGAGACUGUUCUUGCAACCAAAGGUACUGGUGUAGUCACUUGUGUUCCAUCAGAUUCUCCAGAUGAUUUUGUUACCACAAGAGACUUGGCCAAUAAACCAGAAUAUUAUGGAAUUGAAAAGGACUGGGUUCAAACAGAAAUUGUUCCUAUUGUUCAUACCGAAAAAUAUGGUGAUAAAUGUGCUGAGUUUUUGGUCAAUGAUUUGAAGAUACAAUCACCAAAAGAUUCUGUGCAAUUGGCCAAUGCCAAAGAAUUGGCUUACAAAGAAGGUUUUUACAAUGGUACCAUGCUUAUUGGUAAAUAUAAAGGUGAUAAAGUUGAAGAUGCUAAGCCUAAAGUUAAGCAGGACUUGAUUGAUGAAGGACUUGCUUUUGUUUAUAAUGAACCAGAAUCGCAAGUUAUUUCUAGAUCUGGUGAUGAUUGUUGUGUAUCAUUGGAAGAUCAAUGGUAUAUUGAUUAUGGUGAAGAAGUAUGGUUGGGUGAAGCUUUGGAAUGUCUUAAAAAUAUGGAAACAUACUCCAAGGAAACUAGACAUGGUUUUGAAGGUGUUUUGGCCUGGAUGAAGAACUGGGCUGUUACGAGAAAAUUUGGUUUGGGUACUAAAUUGCCUUGGGAUCCUCAAUAUUUGGUGGAAUCUUUAUCUGAUUCUACUGUCUAUAUGGCAUAUUAUACUAUUGAUCGUUUCUUGCAUUCUGAUUACUAUGGUAAAACCCCAGGUAAAUUUAAUAUCAAGCCGGAACAAAUGACUGAUGAAGUAUUUGAUUACAUUUUUACUCGUCGUGAUAAUGUUGAAACUGAUAUUCCAAAAGAACAAUUGAAAGAAAUGAGAAGAGAGUUUGAAUAUUUUUACCCAUUAGAUGUUAGAGUGUCAGGAAAAGAUUUAAUUCCAAAUCAUUUGACAUUCUUCAUUUACACUCAUGUUGCAUUGUUCCCAAAAAGAUUUUGGCCAAGAGGGGUUAGAGCCAAUGGACAUUUGUUGUUGAACAAUGCUAAAAUGUCUAAGUCGACUGGUAACUUUAUGACUUUGGAACAAAUCAUUGAAAAAUUCGGAGCUGAUGCCUCUAGGAUUGCUAUGGCUGAUGCAGGUGACACUGUUGAAGAUGCCAAUUUUGAUGAAGCCAAUGCCAAUGCGGCAAUCUUGAGAUUAACCACAUUGAAAGAUUGGUGUGAAGAAGAAGUUAAAAACCAAGACAAAUUAAGAACUGGUGAUUAUGACUCGUUUUUUGAUGCUGCUUUUGAAAACGAAAUGAAUGAUUUGAUUGAAAAGACUUACCAACAAUAUACUUUGAGUAACUACAAGCAAGCAUUGAAAUCUGGAUUGUUUGAUUUCCAAAUUGCUAGAGAUAUUUACAGAGAAAGUGUAAACACAACAGGAAUUGGUAUGCACAGGGAUCUCGUUUUGAAAUAUAUUGAAUACCAAGCAUUGAUGUUGGCACCAAUUGCUCCUCAUUUUGCCGAAUACCUUUACAGAGAAGUUUUAAGUAAAGAUGGAAGUGUCCAAACUAGCAAAUUUCCAAGAGCAACCAAACCUGUUUCCAAAGCUAUUCUUGAUGCCCUGGAAUAUGUCAGAAGUCUUACGAGAUCUAUACGUGAAGCGGAAGGUCAAGCUUUGAAAAAGAAGAAAGGAAAAUCUGAUGUUGAUGGAUCAAAACCAAUUAGCUUGACAGUUUUGGUCUCCAACACUUUCCCAGAAUGGCAAGAUAACUAUAUUGAAAUUGUUAGAGAAUUAUUUGAACAAAAUAAGUUGGAUGAUAAUAAUGCUAUAAGACAAAAAGUUGGUAAAGAUAUGAAACGUGGUAUGCCAUAUAUCCACCAAAUCAAAACUAGAUUAGCAACAGAAGAUGCUGAUACUGUUUUCAACAGAAAAUUGACUUUUGAUGAAAUUGAAACAUUGAAAAAUGUUGUUGAAAUUGUCAAGAGUGCCCCAUACUCUCUUAAAGUUGAGAAAUUAGAGAUUCUUAGUUUCAAUAACGGUGAAACCAAGGGGAAGAAUAUCAUUAGUGGUGAAGACAAUAUUGAGCUCAAUUUCAAGGGUAAGAUAAUGGAAAAUGCUGUACCUGGAGAACCAGGUAUUUUUAUUAAAAAUAUUGAAUAA